GUGGUCUAUGGAGUUUGGAUCGCAUAAGAGUGGAUCUCCAGAAAUUCAUGUCAUGCUUGCUACAUACGUGUAUUCUGAGUCACCAGAAGUGGACAUGACCAGAGUAACAUAUCACUUGGUUCGAGGAAAUAACCCCAAGAAGUUUGCUUCUAUGUUAGUGAAUUUUAUGGGCAAGGUUAUAAGAGUUUUUCUUUAUCUCUCAUUUUUUAAGGAUCAGUAUGCAAUCUUCAUUCAGUCUCCGUACUUAUUUCCAUGGUUGAAGUAAGGUUUAAGUCGUGUAUUAUUCUAAUUGCUCCUGAAAUUAUUAUUUUCCUUAGGUGUACCUAUUUUCUUUCACAUAAUUUGUGACCCUUGCAUCUUUCGACAGUCAUUUAGUUAGUACUUAUGCAGCUAUUAAUCUAUAUUUUUCAAAGAUAGUUUGAUUUGAUCUCUUAUUUUCUAACGGUAUGAAAAGAUCUAAUGAUGAUGACUAUGGCAAUGUCGGUGUCAUUUUCAUGGAAGAGAAAACAUUUAUAAAAUAUAAUGUUAAUUGAUAUUUUUUUAACAAAUCAUUAAAAAUAUUUG